UGGCUGUUUUUGAAAGGUAAAUGAGAGUGUUCAAUGUAUUGCUUCUGCAGAGUUUGUCAGGUGGGAUAUUGUGGAGUUGCACUUUGUGUGAAUCGGCACAGGCAGGACACAGGAACAACCAUAAGACCACGGAUGAGACGUAAAGAAGAUUAUGUGAACUGCUGUGUUAAUCUUCUAACUUCUUGCACUGGAUACUCAAGGUAGAUAAUUAAAUCCCCUGUCUCACCUUUUUGUCUGAGAGAAGCAAAAAAUGGCCACAGCCGUGACCUUUGAGAACAGUUUGACUGCCUUUCAAUGGCAGUGGUUUUACAAGAGGUUGUCCUCAUGAGUACUCCAGUGGAGAAUGUCCAUGAUCUUUUUUGCCUGUGUGGUGCGGGUGAGGGAUGGACUUCCCCUCUCAGCCUCCACAGAUUUUCAUUUCAACCAGGACUUUCUGGAAUGCAGAAAGAGAUUAAAGGUGUUAUCCUCAAUUCUGGCACAGUAUCCAAGUCGAGGCACAGCAAAAGGACGUGACCUCAGCAUACAUUUCCUUUCUUCUGGGGAUAUAGCCUGCAUGGCAAUCUGUUCCAGCAAUUAUUCAACCAUCAUGGCGUUUUGCUUCCUGGAAGAGCUUCAGUGGGAAUUCGCUGCUUCCUAUGAUGCGACAAGCAUUAGUUUAGCUUCCAGACCAUAUGCUUUUCUUGAAUUUGAUAACGUUAUCCAGAAAGUGAAAUGCCAUUUUAACUGUGUGAGUAGCUCUCAAAUGAAGGCCAGCUGGGAGAAGAUUGAGGAGGAGCUGAAGUUCCAGCCCCCAGUUCAGCUGAAACUAGAGGAUACAGAGCUGAUGAAUGGGAUGACUAAUGGUGGGCAUGCAGGCGUUCAUGUGGAGGUUGUACCUACUUACAGAAUGCAGCGUGUGACUCCCCUGGGGAUUCUGUCACUUGUUCUGAACAUCAUGUGUGGAGCUUUGAAUCUCAUUCGAGGAGUUCACCUAGCAGAGUAUUCAUUUCAGGAGGACCAUGAAGGAAUUGGAAAUGUGAUAGCUUUUUUUCUACCUUUUCUAGCCUGUGUUUUUCAGUGUUACUUGUACCUCUUCUACAGCUCGGCAAGGAAGGUGAAGACGUUUGUACUCUUUUUCUCUGUUUGUUUAUGCAACGUUUACUUGUAUGGAUUACGGAACCUCUGGCAAAUAGCCUUUCACGUAGGAGUGGCAUCUCUUUCUUCUUAUCAGAUACUGACAAGGCAACUUAUGGAGAAACAGCCUGACUGCGGAGUAUGAAAAAGACUUUAGGUUUGCUACUCUAUUUUUACAAUUAUUUUUUUUUUUAUUAAACUGGCCAAAAAUAGCUUGGAGUAUUUUUAAAGAUUUGCAACAAGGGUUAUUGCAAGGAACAUAUUUCAGAGCAACUUGAAAUAAAGUAGGAUACUGUAAUCAUGUCAAACAUACAGUGAAGAAUGUAGGUGUAUCUAACAUGGCAUGUGGUAAUUGUGCAUGGUAGAUCUUGUCAGGUGUUGUCAACAGAUGGAGGUUCUCCUUACCAUAAACAGGCUUUUACUCCUUGACUAAUACCACCUAGACAGCGUUUUGCCAUUUGUCUUACUGGCUUUGUAAGUUUGUCAGGUCAAUGUCUUGCCCUGCCAAUGCUUCUGAAAAUAUUUAAAUUGUAUAGUAAAAUGAAGAUAAAAUGGUGAGUAACAUUUUUGUCUAUAGAAUCUUUUAAGCAUUAAGAUUCUUGGUAAAUAUUAAGUAAAGGAGUUGUUGCCAUAAUUAGAUGAGUUAAAUAUCAGUGGGAAAAAUUGUUAGGAUGAGCCUUAGGGUAAUUUUUUUCUAGGUUUUGAAGGAAAGGAAAAGGCUGUGGCUCUUUUAGAAACCAUAAAGACUAUAAAUAUCUCCUGGCUAAACAGUGCGUUGUAGUUAAGUAUGUGCUCAUUGGUUAAUUGCAAAUACGCUUGGGGCUGCAUAAAAUAAACCAAGUGAGUCUUUCAGCUCAAGUGGCCUUUAUUUCCUUGGUUAAGGUCACUUAGUAUAAGGGUAACUCCAUGUUUGCUUGAUCUGUAGGGAUAAUAAAUCUUCCAAUCCUACUUAUGACAGGCCGCUGACUCCUUCAUUUUUCUUAAAAAAAAUACAUAGCUGGUGUGCAGAAAGCCAUCUCCGGUAACGGAAGGCAAGAGCAGGUUCUCUUUAUUAUAUAAAACACCUUCAGAUAAUGGUGUUGAGUUCUUACACAAGGAUGAAUUUAUUAGUGUGCACUUUUGAAUAUAGUAUUUAAGAGCUGAAAUUCUUAACUGCUGCUGCACUGGGUGUUCUUAUAUGUAACGUACUGGGGUGCAUUUUAGAACAUAUUUAAGCUGUCUGUAC